UUGGGUCCUCAUUCUGUGUCACCUGAUGUUACAAAAUCACUGCAUUCAUCUGCUUCAUAUUUUCUCUCCUCAGUUUCCCAGCAUGCCACAGCAGUGGAGGUGUACGAGGGGGCUGAGUCUGCGCUGCUGCCCUGUCAGCUACUAGCUGCUCCCAGUGAGUUCACAGCAGCAGUGUGGGAUCGCAACGACCUCAACAAUCCCAACAGUCCAUGUUCGUGUGAAGAGUGGUGAUGAUUUGGAUGACCAAAACCAGCGUUACACCAACCGAACAUCAAUGAGUGCUGAUGCUCUGCAAACUGGAAACCUCAGCCUCACUCUGAGAAACCCGACAGUCUCUGACAGUGGAACCUACACCUGCAUCCUCCGCAUCACUGGACGAGAUGUGAGCUGGACUUACUUACAACUGAAGGUCACAGAACCUCCUCCUCCACCUCCUCCAGUCUGGCCCAAAGUUCUCUCAGCUGUCUUGGUUCCUGUGGUUGUCCUGGCUAUUUGCUGUGGUAUCGGCAUGUUUUGUGGAUAUAAAAGGCUGCAAAAUAAAGAGGUUCUAGAGGUGGAGGUGGACACAGGCGUGACGUCUGCCAAGCUGCCCUGCAAAGCCACAGUUCAGCUGUCUCAAAUAAAUAAGGUUGUGUGGAAGAACAGAAAUAACAGGAACGUCCAUGUGUAUGAGAACGGCUCUGACCAUCCAGAAAUACAGGAUCGACAUUACAGACACCGAACAGAAAUGAAUGAAGACCCGCUGAAGACUGGAGACCUCAGUCUGACACUGAAAUACCCCACACACACAGCCAGAGACACCUACACCUGCACCGUCUACAGCAGCGAGGGAGAAGUCCUGAUGGAGAAAAAAGUGGAGCUGAAAGUCAAAGAAUGUAAGCUGGAGGUGGUGGAGGGGGCGGAGUCUGUUUGUCUGCCCUUUCAAACCACAGAAAACCUGCCUAGAGACACUGAAGUGUUGUGGAAACGCCAUGAACCCGAAUACAUGAAGGUCCACAUAUAUGAGAACGACUCUGACCAGCCUGACAAACAGGACAAGCAUUACAAAGGUCGCACAGAGAUGAAUGAACACCCACUGACAUCUGGAGACCUCAGUCUGACCCUGAAAGACCCCAAAGUGGGAGACAGUGGGAAAUACGGCUGUCAGGUCAACAGCAAGGAGGCCUGGAGAUAUAAGAGGUUGUGGCUCACAGUCACAGAGAAUAAUCAGGCCAAGAAACAUACAGAAGACAUCAGGAUCAGCUCCACUGAUCCUUUAGUUUGACAUGUUUGUUUGAUUAUUGAUCUGAUCUGUACGAUUUAUACAUUAGUCUAUAUAAAAUAUUCAU